UAUAAAUUCGGAAGCACGAAGGGAUUACAGUCAAAUCAAACCAAUAUGUUCAAGUUGGUCCUCAUCUCAGCCCUCGCGGCUUUAGCUGCUGCAUCUCCGUUUACCCCACGUUUGGAUGGUCGCAUCGUCGGUGGUGAAGCCGCCGAAAUCGAAGAGUACCCAUACCAAUUAUCUCUUCAAUACUACGGAAAACACAUCUGCGGCGCUUCCAUCAUCAGCAAGUACUUUGCCGUCACCGCCGCUCACUGCACCAAUGGUUCUCCUGCUGAAUCCUUGGCCGUGCGCGCCGCUUCCUCCAUCAAGGGAUACGGUGGACAGCUGAUCCAGGUCAAGUCUGUCCUGCAGAACCCCAAAUUCGAUAGCUACAGCCUCGACUUCGAUAUCACCGUCUUGGAGCUCACCGAACCAUUCGUCUUCGGAUCCAACGCUCAACCGAUCGACUUGCCGCAAGUGAACCAGGAAACUCCCGGUGGUUCCGAAGCCGUCGUUUCCGGUUGGGGCGCCAUCAUCGAGGGAGGCAACUCUCCAUCCAUGCUGCAGGCUGUCCAUGUCGACAUCAUCUCUCAGGAAGAUUGCAGGGUUGCUUAUGGAGAAAACGACGUCACCGAUCGCAUGAUCUGCGCCGGUGUCAACGGAGGCGGCAAAGAUGCCUGCCAGGGUGAUUCUGGCGGUCCUUUGGUCGUCAAUGGACAAUUGGUCGGUAUUGUCUCCUGGGGUUACGGAUGCGCUCGUCCGGAGAGUCCCGGAGUCUACUCCAGCGUAGCCAACAUGCGCGAUUAUAUCACCGAAAAUGCCGGUGUCUAAAUAUCAAAUGUCAAGUGAAAACUCAAUUCUUAAUAAAAAAAUUAUUAAAAAA